UCGAUCACCCGCUCUGUCCCGCAUGCUGCUCUCUCUUGACAGGCUGAUCCCCACGCCAUGUAUCCUAUUGUGGUACCAUCACGUCGACCCACUUCAAGUCGCUUCCAGUAGUAACCACUCCACCAUCACCUUCCCUUCCCUCCCGCAUCCACUGCUUCUACUCGCCAUCUCACCAUCGCUUCUUCAACACAACAUCAUCACCCCCGCGCUAUCACACCAUACCAUCAUCACCCCAUCACACUCCCCACGCGUCAACCCACCCUCUUCUGAGAAUCUCCCAUCGAUCACGCCAUGACCACCACACCCUUCCUAUCCCCAUCUCCCGAUCAGCCUCUUCGGCGCCGCCUUAUCCUUAUCUACACAGCAUGACUACCACACCACAUUCACAUCCACAUCGACAGCGACGGGUGACUGACUUUAAUAUCCACCUCCCACUCGGGCUCGAUCGCCCAGAUCGUUCCUCUGCGCCUUGUCAUUACCGGCCUGGAUCGUCUCUCUAUAAUACCUUUUUCCUACAAAUUCCAACAAAAGCCAAUCUCGCACUCAGGGACUGAAAAUUAUCACCCGAUUCGUCAAUUUUCAAUAAACAUUUUCAUAUACUGAACCACUGCCUAGACCCGUCGUUUUCUCCCCAAUGUCAGGCUGUAAGCACGCUACGCGUACAUAUAUAUAUAUGUAUCCCCUCCAAAACCACUCCCGUUACUGUAGCAUGGAGUACUGAGUCAUCCAUGUCGGGCUCCAAGGUUCGCAAGUGGCAAGUUGGUUUCAGGGGGAGACGUCUCUCGUCGUGACAACCCUCGCAGCACAGAAUCUAACCCUAAAUUUCCCCGUCCUCAAUCUAGAUCCCAACUCAUCCACCACCCCCGACUCUCCUUGCAUUUGAUACCGUGUCGCAUCAUCUCUAUUGUUUCUUGAAACUGACACUCACAGCCCCAUCCCCGUCUCGUCUCAUCUCGUCAUUAUUGUCACCCCUUAAGCUUAAGCUCAAGAUAAGGACCACCUUCAUCUUCCUUUGCAGAUCUCGUCUCGCCGCUCCAAACUGCAGCAUAUAUACUCUCCUAAUGUACGCUCCAGUUUUCAAGCGUCAACCGGGGCGGUCCUCUAAGUCGCGUCGCCGCACCUUCAAACCGAAUCCUACAUCGCCCAGAUUGUGUACUAUGUUUCGUGUUUCGUGUUUUGUGUGUCGUACUACUUCGUUUCUGCCGCGUCGCCCAGUCAAGCCCACACAGCCCCGUGUUCCGUGUUCUGUGUUUUGUGUUUCGUACCACGUCGUCUCUGCUCUGAUCAGCGUUUCAAGUCCGGCACCUAUAUCUAUAGCCCUCGCACCCGAGGCUCCGCCGGUAAAAAGGGUCUCGAGGUCUUGCUAGACGCUCGCAGACAAUCAUUAUCCAGCCCUCGCCGAGUCGUCCUCACCCACCGCUGUGAAUAUUCAGAACACGAGUAUCAAUGAAUCCCGAAUUUGAGUAUGAAAACGACAGAAUGCCUGAACUGAGCCGCUGCUGCCUGGAAGGCUAUGGGGAUGAGUGAGAGUUUGCAUCAUAAAUUGCAGUCAGAGCAAAGAGCCGAGAGAACUGCCACUGAAGACAUUGGACUCGACAAAUUUGUGUGAAUGCAAGAGAAGGGCAGUGAGCAAAAAAUCAUCUCGUUCCAAGUUUGUCUUUGGCACUGACUACAAGUAUUCCCCCAUCGUGACUCCAUUGUCCCACAAAGGCUCCUUGUCUGUAAAAUCAUUAUCCACAUCUAUGACAAAGGCUGUCUCAAAAGUUGUCAAAAAGGGUGCAGCAAUCCUCAUCCCACUGCUCAAAAAAGCCAAAGUGUCUCUCCCCUCACAAGCCUGUGCUGGCAGUGACUUGGGGGGAGCUCAACUUGGCGGCUCUCAAAAAGCAUUGGCAUUCCUUAGUCUAUUUUUUCAAGCUUAACGCUGUGACUGUAGGGUACAUUGAUGGCCAGCUUGUACAUUUCUUUCCGUGUAGUGCACAAAAGUGUAAAAGCUCAACUGGUGGUGUGCACCGGUACCAAUAUUCAAAGGAUAAGUCCUCCACAACAAACCUGAAGCGCCAUGCAAUUAUUUGCUGGGGAAAAGAGGCAGUUGAGAACAUUUUUAAUGGGCAGCUGACCAAGGGACAGAGUAGCUCAAUCUAUGCAGCAUUUACUCGUCAGGGGCAACAGCCAGUCCAUCACAUACACUACAUGCACAUAAAUGAUGAAGUCCGGGCUCAACUUGUAUGCUGGGUCACAGAGAACAACCAGUCAAUAUCAUAAAUGAAGUUACAAUAGACAUACCAGCACCUAUUUACGCUUUACUUUUUAUAUACUUUACUUUUCAUUUUCCAAGUCAUGUGACUGAUCACAUGGCCAUUGACUUUACUUUACAUUUCAGACUUUUCAUAAUCACCUGACCAGUGUCUAGACUCAUCAUGUGACUGGUCACAUGCUAGACAUCAGACUUUGAACUUUAUUUACAACUGUACAGUACCU